AUGUUUGGGCUAAACGACGGCAGUUCAAGGUCCUCCAGGAUCCUGACUUUUGUCGUGGCUGUGAUCUUGCUGAAUAGCCCAACUCCAGUGGUUUUCGCAUUGAAAACCACACCGGGUUCACCCUGCACAGAUGUGUGCGGUAAAACGGCCAACACUACAUCUUCCGAGAUUGCGUGUUUGGAUCAAUCGUAUAAUAAAACCUCAGUGGGGAAAAGUUUCGAAAAAUGCAUCUCCUGCCAGUUGGAUAGCCAGUUCCACGAUAUGAACACUGGGGAAUCGGACGUGAACUGGGGGCUCUAUAACCUGCGCUACGCUUUUUCAACCUGUGUGUUUGGAUUUCCAGAGUCGAUCUCAAAUGUCUCUUCGCCAUGCCCAGUCGCAUGCGAUACCGUGCGUGUAGCAGUCGGGACCCAUCUUGAAGACCCAGGCACGUCGAAUCUGAACUCGUGGUGUGAAACCAAAUCCUUUGCCGAUAACGUCGUUGACACCUGCGAGUUCUGCUAUAAUUUGACCAGCACCCAAGUUUACAUGGCAAACUUCCUCGAAUCCAUCCGCUACAACUGCCAUUUCAAGACAGCAACGGGCAAGCCCUUCAACAUAGCCCCAACAAGAAUCUUCAGCCAAUCCCUACUCCCCUCAAGUUUGUCGCUCACAACACCCGGCGCAAAGCAUUCAAACUUGAAUAUGGGAGUGGUGAUCGCUGUACCAAUCGUAGGAUUCCUCAUCCUUGUCACGGCGCUCACAGUAUGUUGCUUCUUCUUCGUCCGCCAUCGACGCAGAAAGGUUGGCCGGAGCCGCCAGUCCCCUCAAAUGUACAAUCGCUGGCACGAGGCAUCUGGUGCCUCGCCGACCAGCGCGCAGGUGCAGCAGCAAGCCUGGGCCGAGCAACGGAUGUAUAACGCUGGCGUAUACGGGCACGGGUCAGGCUUUGGCUUUGUUGAUAAUGAUGGCCGUGGACAGGAGCUUGCGUAUGGUCAUGCCCAGGACCAACAUUAUCAAAGCCAACAGUACCAGCAGCACUACCAGAGUCAGGAUAAGUCAGGUGUCUCCCAGGAUAUCAUUGAGCAACCUGGUCAACAGCAGUACGAGCAACAGCAACAGCAACAACAGCAACAGCAAUACCAGCAACAGCUUGCUCAGCAACAGUAUCAGCAGCAGCAGCAGCAGCAACAUGCUCAGACUCAGGAUCACCCUCAGGUCUUCGACCCGGAUCAAAAGCAAAAAGACCCUCAGUGGUAG